AUGGCAGAAGAGACUAGCCCCUUCACCACACGGCACGCCCUCUAUGGCUCCGUCCAUGUCGCCGCCUCCUCUCGCGACUCGGCCAUCCAAGUCAGCCCAGCCAGCAUCAUGCAGCAUCCCUUUGCUCCUGGCCGACGCUACUACAUCUAUCCACCCUUCAUCAAGGGCCAUGGCCGCUUGAUACCCGCUCGUCGGACGGUGCCCUAUCUGGUUGGUCUGUUUCUUGUCAUCGCAGUGUUUGCAUGGGCCGUCUGUUCUGCUCUGUCGGUGAGCCCGCUGCUGGGCCAUCCACACCACCCGCGCCCGCCCGCACCCGCCACGGGGCUAGGACAAUAA